UUCGAGCUUUGUUGGCUAUAUAUCUUAUUUUUUUGUCGAAGUGGGUUCAUUUGGCUUUGUUUAUUGAGGCUUACCUGACAUAGGUUUCUAGGUUUUUGUGGUUAGAGAUCUGAAAUUGUGGGUUUGAUACCUUGGUUUUGGAUAAGGAAUGUCGAAGUACAGAGAGUUUAGGUGGACCUUUAUCCCUAGUUUUACAUUCAGCAGGAGGAUGGCUUGCACGUCUCUACAUGGAAGAAUAUGGGAAAUCAGAUAUUUCCCUGUUAUUGACUCUUGGAACCCCCCACCAACCACGGGGUUAUUGAUCAAACAAGGGGACUCCUGUAUUAUGUUGAAAAGAAUUGCUCAAAAGCUGUUUACACUCCUGAACGGAAAUAUGUAUCUCCAAGGUGCUCUCUUAUUUGGCAACUCAAGUGGAAGUGUUGAUUCUGCAAUUCCAAUAGAGAGUUUAGAACCCUCAUCAGAGGUUGCUGUUAUAAAUGAUGUGAGCACUUCAACAUCAACCACACCCACUUUGCGUGCACGCUUCGUGGGGCAAGGGUAUAAGCAGGUUUGUGGGCAGGGAUAUAUAUAUAUAUAUAUAUAUAUAUAUAUAUAUAUAUAUUCAAAGAAACCCUGCAGUAGCAUCAAAGAGCCUAAGCAAUGGAGCAACUGCUAG